AUGGGAAGUGAUGGCACAAGACGUGGUCAAUAUUCAUUUGCUGUGCUAAUCGAAGAAGAGCGGGAUACGGAGUCACUGCUUAGAAUGCACUCAGGACACGGAGGGAAUUCCAAGACGGGGGUGGUUCCGAUGCCUUGCUCCAUGCCGGCUUCGUUGAGCCCGACGCCCGUCAGCAGGCGAAACUCGGGCGCAGGCGGGCCGCGCCAGCAGAGCCAGCAGACGAUUGUGGUCGACACUGACGACGACUUCCAGUCGUCUCGGUUCGCCAGCCAUCGCCGCCUGGACCGAUGCCUGUCUGAACCAACGACAUCUGCCGGCGCCAGCAGCCCGACAUCUCGUCCGGGGGCUUCGCCGCGCUCUGUCGUUGGAAACAGCAGUCGCUACAAGACUGAACUCUGCCGCGCUUUCGAAGAAACCGGCCAUUGCAAGUACGGCGAAAAGUGUCAGUUCGCUCACGGGCAUCAGGAGCUCCGCACCGUGCAUCGGCACCGCAAGUACAAGACGGAGCUGUGUCGCACGUACCACACCAUCGGGUUUUGUCCCUAUGGCCCGAGGUGUCACUUCAUACAUAACGCGGAAGAGGCGCGAUCGAAGCCGAUUGCUGCCGCGCCGCGUCCCCUAUCCAUGUCCUCGUCAUCGUCCACGACGUCGUCGCCGACGCACAGCGACUCCUUGUCUGGCUCGCCGACCUCGUUUUCUAUGUUCUGGGCGACCGGGGAUGACGAUCAUUUGAGGAUCGAUAGCCCGCCGUCGACCAGCUUCACACACGCUUCUGACCUGGACAUCUUCGUGGCUGCUGCAACAGCCGCCGCUGCGGCGGUUGUCAAGCCGACGAUGGUUGCUCCGGAGUUUCCCGAGUUUGUUAGUGUGCCGGUGGCGCCGAGACUUCCUGUAUUCUCGAGGCUCGCUGGCUCAGACGCGGAUCCCGCUGACCGAAAGAACGAACACGGUCGACACAUGCCCUCUCUUCUGUCGACGCAUUCUGUCGGACGCGCGGCGGAAAUAUUCCUGAACAUGCAUUGUUCCUCACCGGAAGAGUCAAGUCAAGUCUGCUCGGGUCGGUUAUUUAUUUUAGUGGAUUCUGUCGGCUGCAAAGUGUAUCAUGUGCUUCGGAAUCUGGAGGAACAAGGCGUGUGA